AGAACCACAAACGUCACAUUCAGGAAGUGGUGCUGAGAAGAUCUCUCACUCGAGGACCUCAGAACAGACACAAAGAUUUGUUUUUCUGUUUAUUAGAAUUUGGCGAAAGAACCUGUGUGUACUUUUUAUCGGCGUAGCAGUCAGGUUUUUAUCGGCAGUUUCUCCGUGAAGGAUUUUCCUGUAUUGUCACAAUGCCGAGAGGAGGGAAAAAAGGACACAAAGGUCGGGGCAAGCAGUUCAGCAAUCCUGAGGAGAUCGAGCGACAGAUGCGAGCUCAGAGAGAGAUGGAAGAAAACAGUGAUGCAGAGCGUGAGAGUGCAUCUGAAUCUGAGGAGGAAAGCAGUAGUGAAGAUGAACAAAAUCAAAAAAGGAAUGGAGUACAAGGGUUGAUUGAAAUCGAGAAUCCCAACCGCAGCUCCCAGAAGAACAAAAAAGCCUCAGAGGUUGAUGUGGAUGCACCGAGAGAGCUCACACGCAGAGAGAGGGAAGAGAUCGAGAAGCAGAAAGCGAAGGAACGCUACAUGAAACUGCAUCUCGAAGGAAAGACGGAUCAGGCCAGAGCAGACCUCGCCAGACUGGCUAUUAUUAAAAAACAGAGAGAAGAGGCAGCAAGGAAGAGAGAGGAACUGCGGAAAGAAAAAGAGGCACAGGAGGCCAAGUCCAAACGUUAAGUCUCAUCCCCAUCCUGAGGACUGUGCUAUUGGGGUGGGAGGGUAGGGACCAAAUUAAUUAGGGAUACAGCUCAGGGGUGUCCAGAUGCUGUCCUUUCAUCCUUUACUGGCAGGGACAGGCAGCGAUUUGGACAUUCAGAAUCACAUCACAUAAGGUGGGGGUUAAAGACAUGAACUCGCUGGUUUUGCUUAUUGGUACCUAAAACGGGAAGCUAUCAGCAAGACCACAAUGUCCUCAUGUCCUUUCCCCCCAUAUCACUGAUGUGUUCUGAUCCUACAGCUGCAAGAGUUUACUCUUAAAGUUGCUUUUUUUGGUUUGUUUUAAUAAAGCUUUUGAUUUGGUUGUCGGUCAGGGUGCCGUUCUUACUGAUGUCACCUGGCACAUUCCUAGAGAGUAGGGUAGAGUAACGAAUGGAGAAACACUAGCAAACUUGUACAACACCAUCUGCUUUUGUUCUGACCUUAUUGCUAUGUUUUUUUUAUUCUCUGCGAAUAAGCUACAUGUAAUAAGCACCUUUUGUACUGAACAAAAUGUUUUUCCCUCACUUUUUGAUUUUAAAAAUUUUUUUUUUUUUUUUGCAUGCUAGUUGCAAGAUGUAUCCAACUUUUAACAAAUGCCAGUAAUGCUACACCAUUUAAAAAUGUAAAAACUAAUUUUAUUACUUUCGAAUGGAACAUCAGCAGUAUUAAUAUGCAUACGUAAUCAAGUUAACAGUAUGUCUGGUUAUAAUCAGAAGUUUUUACUUCCCCUUUUAUUCUGUUGUGCAUACAUUUCUCUGUCAAUGCCCUUUUUUUUCUUUAUGAUCAACUUCUAAACAUACCUUUUGUAUAUGAGGCCUUGUUUACACCUGAUAUUGACAUCUGUCUGGAGUGAUGUGAUGUGAUCAGAAGUGGAAAGAUAGAUCAGAUCUUUCAAGCUUCUUGAAUACAUCUUCAGUAACCACUUGAUUUACGGCCAUAACGCAGUGGAUAAGGUGGCGCUGUGUAUUGCGUCGACACUACAGAUGUUAUAUGGCCGUAUGUUAGGGUGCAUCAGUUGCCCCCUGAAAAUGAAAAGUUCCUCCGAUCAUGAUGCAUUUUUGUUUUUAUGUUCCUUUUGGUAAGAAAACACACUGGGUGAAAUAUUUUGACAAAAUUCAAAAGUUUAAUGGUGGCACCAGGAGCUCAAAGUUAUGGAAAAAGCUGCUAUUUUAUGACUUUUAUGACAAAAUUUCGAUCACUUUUCAUGAAACAUUAUGGCACCUAUGGGCGGCACGGUGGUGUAGUGGUUAGCGCUGUCGCCUCACAGCAAGAAGGUCCGGGUUCAAGCCCCGGGGCCGGCGAGGGCCUUUCUGUGCGGAGUUUGCAUGUUCUCCCCGUGUCUGCGUGGGUUUCCUCCGGGUGCUCCGGUUUCCCCCACAGUCCAAAGACAUGCAGGUUAGGUUAACUGGUGACUCUAAAUUGACCGUA